CUUGAAAGGAACACAUGAUAAAAACCAGUUGUAAAGUCCGGUCCCUGAAGGAUCUUGGUCUAGUAUUCUUCAAAUCCUUAAAGUUCUUAAAUUUCUGCAGGAUUUCAUUAAAUUAAACAAACCCCAGAUUUUAUUUUCACCUUGUUAUUCUCAAGGAUUUCAAGAAAGGAUCCCAAAAAAUGUCUGCAAAUGGAACUGACAACUCAGCUUCUAAGAAGCCUCCAAGUCCAUCUCCUUUGAGAUUUUCCAAGUUUUUUCAGACCAACAUGAGAAUUCUGGUUACUGGAGGAGCUGGAUUCAUUGGCUCCCACCUAGUGGACAAGUUGAUGGAGAACGAAAAGAAUGAGGUUAUUGUUGUUGAUAACUACUUUACUGGCUCCAAGGACAACUUGAAGAAAUGGAUUGGUCACCCAAGAUUUGAACUUAUUCGUCAUGAUGUCACUGAGCCGUUGCUAGUUGAAGUUGAUCAGAUAUACCAUCUUGCUUGCCCAGCUUCUCCGAUUUUCUACAAAUACAAUCCUGUGAAGACAAUAAAGACAAAUGUGAUUGGUACAUUGAAUAUGUUGGGACUUGCAAAGCGUGUUGGAGCGAGGAUUUUGCUUACCUCGACUUCAGAGGUGUAUGGAGAUCCUCUUGAGCAUCCCCAGAAUGAGAGCUAUUGGGGAAAUGUUAACCCUAUUGGAGUUAGGAGCUGCUAUGAUGAGGGAAAAAGAGUAGCUGAAACGUUGAUGUUUGAUUACCACAGGCAGCAUGGCAUAGAGAUUCGGAUUGCUAGAAUUUUCAACACUUAUGGACCACGCAUGAAUAUAGAUGAUGGUCGUGUUGUCAGCAAUUUCAUUGCCCAAGCAAUCCGUAAUGAGCCUUUGACUGUUCAAUUACCUGGAACACAGACAAGGAGUUUCUGUUAUGUCUCAGAUAUGGUUGAUGGCCUUAUUCGACUUAUGGAGGGAGAGAACACCGGGCCAAUCAACAUUGGGAAUCCAGGUGAAUUCACAAUGCUUGAACUUGCAGAGGCUGUGAAAGAGCUUAUCAAUCCUGAGGUGCAAAUAUCAAUGGUUGAAAACACUCCUGAUGAUCCUCGUCAAAGGAAGCCAGACAUAACCAAAGCAAAGGAGCUGCUAGGAUGGGAACCAACAGUCAAAUUGCGCGAUGGACUUCCUCUUAUGGAGGAGGAUUUCCGUCAGAGGCUUGGCGUCCCCAGGAAGAACUGAUUGCAGUUAUAUUUUACAAAUUCACAGUGCUGGGGGCAAGCUGAUGCCCCAGUUAGAGUAGAAAAUACAGAUAAAAUGCUAUUAUCUCCUUCCUUUAGUCAGUUCCAAUAUAUAAUCUUCAUGAACAAUAAUGGCAUCAGUUUCUUUACAGUUUAGUCAUUGUGGAUUGGUAAUUGGAUUAAUGAAAAGAAGCUUUUGUUC